AUAACCAUGCACUCCUUUUUCAAAGCCCUCUUAUUCCUUUGUUCCGGCUCAUUCAUCCACAAUCUAAAUAACGAGCAAGAUCUUCGAAUAAUGGGCAACCUACUAAAAACUGCACCUAUAACCUCAUCAUUCACCACCAUCGCCAGCCUCUCAUUAAUAGGCAUACCCUUCCUUUCGGGUUUUUACUCAAAAGACACCAUCAUCGAAACCAUAACCAACUCCCACGUAAACCUAUGAGCCCUAACAAUCACAUUAAUCGCUACAAUCCUCUCUGCCUCCUACAGUAUACAAAUUAUCCUGCUUAUUCUAACAGGGCCAUCACACAUCAAUAUUAACUCCCACAAAGAAGUCAAAAACACUAUCCCCCCACUGAUACGUCUCACCCUUGCCUCCAUCCUCAUUGGCAGCAUUACUAAACUAUCAACCCUACAAACCCCGCCUAUAAUAACAAUACCAAAGACAGUAAAACUCAUAGCAUUAAUUAUAACAAUACUAGGAAUCGCCAUAUCAAAAGACUUCCUGCAAACAACCUUACCCCGCCCCCCUCAAAAAUCAUCAACUAUUAAUCUAUUCUUUAAUCAACUAGCAUUCUUCAAUAUUCCGCACCGAACCAUAACAAUAAGUAUACUAAAAUCAAGCCAACAAAUCUCAACAGAACUCAUAGACCUGUGGGCCCUAGAAUACUGAGGCCCUAAGGGCCUCAGUAAAACAUUCACCCAACUAGCCCUCCUCUCAACACAACAAAAGAACAUAAUCAAAAACUACAUAACUACGUUCACCCUCACCCUACUUAUCUCACUAAUCCUAAUCCCCGCCUAAAAGGGCGGAGGCCACCUAACCGGGUCCAACCUAAAACCACCAAAACAGAAAACAAGGCCACAACCAAACCCCAAGCACACACCACUAACCCUACCCCGCCCCCACAAUAAAAAACACCAUAACCAUUUACCUCUAAACACACCCAAUCCUCUCACCCCGAAUAAACCAAUAAACCUUGCCCGCCACCUCCAAGAGCUAAUACUAAAAUACACACUACCCCCGCUACACCCAAAAACACAACAAAAUAUCAAAACCCACUAACACCAACAACCACCUCACCCUUUUCCACACUCACACAAUAAC